ACCGUCGAAGAGAUGGACACCGGUGCCGAAGGCGAUGGUGAAUCUGUAACAGAAGACAGAAGCGACACUGGUGUCAGGUCUGGGAAGAGGAAAGACCGUAACUCCCCUGACCCAACGGUCAACCAAGUAAUGAAGAAAAAGGACACAAAACCAAGUCCUCCGAAAGAAGUGGCGGCACGGAGUGCCAAAAAUAAGGAGGUCGACGCGUGGCAAAAAGUAGAAUCGAAGAAGAGAAGGCCGGAGCAGGAUCACCUCCCAAAGCAAUUGCCGAAGGAGCCACGACCGGAACCUAAGCGGAAAAAAUCGCGCAAAUGGAUCAGACCUGACGCGCUGAUAAUUCGCCCUGCCGAAAAAGAGAAGUAUUCCGAGAUAUUGCGCCGCAUAAAGCGUGAUGUCCCAGCAGACCAGGUUCGAAAUACCGUCGAGAAGGACCAUCACAGGAAUUCUUCAAGACGAUGCUAAGGUAGUCUGUAAAGGUCCACAGGAGACCAUUGAGAUUCGAGACAUCGACGAAGAAACGACGAAGGAAGAGAUCCAGGCCGCCCUGAAAGAGGAAGUUGGAAAAGAUCAUGAGAUACCUCUGGAAGGAAUAAAAAUCCGUAAGGCUUUCAGAGGUACGCAGACGGCUGCAGUCACUUUACCUAUGACCAUCGCGCGAAAAUUAGUGGAAGGAACCGGCAAGAUCCAUGUCGGGUGGGUUAACUGCCGAAUCAAAGCGACGACGAGACCUAUCCAAUGCUUUAAAUGCUGGCAUUUUGGACAUGUUGGGCCCCAAUGUAAAAGCCAAGUAGACCGAUCUAAACUCUGCAUCAGAUGUGGACAAGAAGGGCAUCGUAUCGCGGACUGUAAAAAUUCUGCCAAGUGUGCAAUAUGUGCUGACCAGCAAGGAGCAAAGGACGUGGCUCACCAUGCCGGCACCUACAGAUGCCCGGUAUAUCAGGAGGCGCUCCAGAAGUUGACGAACAAACAAGCAUGAGGAUAUUGCAGCUCAACCUCAACCAUUGUGAAGCAG